GUUCAUCGUUCGUUUAGGCGCAUUGGCGCGAGAACAUCGGAUGUGGUCUGUUUAUAAGGUUGAUCACUCUUGUUAACGUAUUGAAAAAGGAGAGAAUAAUUAUUGAUAUAAAUAUACUUUUGUUUAAUUUGAUCCAAGGUUAUAUAAUAAAAUAAUCAAAAUGUUUUGGGGUCUAAUAAUGGAACCGAAUAAACGGUAUACUCAAACCGUUGAAAAAUCAUUCCACGUGUCUAUGGCGACUUUAGAUGUCGCAAGCGCCGAUGACGAUGUAGUACAGGUGACUGUAUGUUAUGAUGGUACAAAUUACUUACUUUGUAGUUUAAAGAAAGGCUCAGUAUGGCAAGUACCACUUGAUUUGCACUUUCAAGAGGGAACUAAAAUAGCUUUCACAUGUAAUGGCCACAGUCGUGUACAUUUAACUGGAUAUUUAAUACCAGAUGAUUUAAUUGAUGAAAUAGAAGAAGAAGAGGAUGAAGAAGAGGAAGAAAAAGUUCAACAGUUAAUUGAUAGACAAUCAAAGAGAAAAGCAAUAGAUUUUCCAAAAGGAAAUAAAAAAGUAAAAAGAGUGAAAAAUGAAGUUGAAUCGUCGGAAGAUGAUGAUUUGGAAUUAGAUGGAACAAAUAAUGAUGAAGAUUCUGAUGAGGAAGAGGAAGAAGAAGGGAAAGAAACUCUAUUGAUUGAAGAAAAUAUUAAUGAAGAAGAGGAUGAGGAGGAUGAAAGUGAUGAUGAUGAUGAUGACGAUGAUGAGGAUGAUGAUGGUGAUGAUGAUGAUGAUGAUGAUGAUGAUAUUAUUGAAGAGGAAGAAGAGGAAAAGAUACAAAAAAAAUCUAGCAAACAACAGCAACAGCAGGGAAACAAAAACAAGCAAAUACAACAACAAUUACCUAAAAAGAAGCAAGAUAAACAGAAAUUGUUAAACGGAAAGGAUAUCAAACAAGACCAACAAAAGAAGAAUAAAGGAGAACAGCAACAGCAGAAUACUCAAAAUGAACAGAAGAAAAGGGUGGUUGAGGGAGGUGUACAAAUAAAAGAUAUAAAGACAGGCAAUGGUGCAUUUGCGAAAGCAGGAAAAUUUGUUUCUGUGUACUUUGUAGGACGAUUGCAAAAUGGCAAGAAAUUUGAUGCCACUACACAGGGAGAUGGUUUUAAAUUUAGGCUUGGAAAAGGUGAAGUUAUCAAAGGGUGGGAUGUAGGCAUUUCUGGCAUGAAAGUUGGUGGAAAGAGACAAAUUACAAUACCUCCAGCUAUGGCGUAUGGCGCUAAGGGUUAUCCACCUGCUAUUCCUGGCAACAGUACGCUUGUUUUUGAAGUUGAACUAAAAAAUGUCCAUUAACAUGUAAUUGUAAUCUAACAAAUAUUUGGAUACUUCAUAUAACUAUAAUUCUAAAAGGUUUUACUACUUGUUUAUCAACAUAUAAGGAUGUAUUAAAAAUGUAAUAUUUGUUAAAUAUUUAUUAAUAAGAAAAAGAUCUCCAUAGGUUAUAAUAUUUUAAAAAUAUUCAUACAAUAUUAAAUUUAUUUGUCCUAAAUGUGAUGUUUAUUCUCGUUACACGAUAAUAUUUGCAUUUUUGCAACGGAAUAUCGUUUCCAUAAUUUACAAGCCUUUAUAUUAUAAAAGUUUCAUUAAAUUGGAUAUUAUCAGACAUAUACAAUUAAUAAUAUCUUGUGAUAUCCUUAUAUGUUAGUGGAUGAGUAUUAAACUAUAAUUAGGCAGAGUCAUGAAAUGCGUAAAAGAAUGCCUAAAAAAUAGAUUGGAACAGUUUUGAAUUGUUGGAACUAUUGAAACAAGGUGUUGAUGUUUUUAAUAAAAAAUUAUAUUAAUGCAAUGCAUUUAAUAUGAUGUAUACAGUCAACAUAUGUUUGAACAUUCAAGGUAUAAUGUAUACAAGUAUAACAUCUCUUAUAUCUCAGUAUAAACUUACAAGCUACUGUUGAGUAUUAAAAAAGUAACUGAUGUUUACAAAUAAAUUUUACAAAUAUUCUAGUUCUGGUAUAUGUUUAUUUUAACUUUUAUAAUGUCAUUAACAACAUCGAUUUUCAGGGCAUAUACAUCAAAAUAGUGUACACAUUAAAUGUAUUUAAAUGUAUUCAUCAAAAAGAUAUUGUCUAAUAAAAUUUUAACUUUA